AUGAGACAAUGCCGAACGAUUGACGGAGACCCCGUGCACAGCAAGCGAAGUGCAACGUGGUGGUCGAGUUUGCAUCGUUUGAUCGCAUUGAUUUCAGUCAGACAAGCCUGCAGUGUAGGGCUGUCCAUCCAUUUGCCGAUGUGCGAAAGACUCCACAUUCGUCAUUGGCACGUUCAUAAAGCGGCGUUCAUAAUAAUCGGUAUGAUCAACUCGAGGUGGCCGAAAACUCGGCCGGCCGGUCGGUCGGUCGGUCGGUCAGAAGAGUCGAGACUCGCCUGUGUUAAGGAUGGCCGAAGUUUCACCUCGACGACUUUUGUUUACCCGUAUGCCAACGCCGGCGAGACAAACAGUCAUCACUUCGUCGUCUGA